AUGACAGAAGCAGUCACGAGGCUCACAAAACUGAGUGCCGCUUUCCUUUCCGUCGCAAAUCCCAGGGACUGCGCCGAGGUUCCGCAGCAAGAUGGCGAGACGUCGGCGGGCCUUGCUGCACUUUGGGCACAUCGCGCGCGUACUCGCUGGGGGAUGGGGCCGCAGCGUCCCCUAAGAGGCGAUCCACGUCUGAUGCGGAUGUCGGGAAAGGAGCGAACAGAGCCACAAUGGGUUACGCCUUCUUCAAAUCAGGUAUCCUCGCAAGAUGUACCGCCCGAUUAUGAAACGAUUGGCACAAUAUUUGGCUAUGCACUAGUUGCCUUAUCAUGGCUCCUCAUCAUCCUUACAUUCCCGUUCUCAAUGUGUGUUUGCCUCAAGGUUAUAAAAGAAUACGAAAGAGUUGUUAUAUUUCGGAUUGGUCGGCUUGUGUUUGGGGGAGCUCGCGGCCCUGGAAUGAUAUUCAUCAUACCAUGUAUUGAUACGUACAGAAAAAUCGAUCUCAGGGUAGUCUCCUAUGCAGUGCCACCUCAGGAAAUCUUGUCAAAAGAUUCCGUGACGGUGUCUGUAGACGCUGUCGUCUAUUUCCGUACCUCCGAUCCCAUCGCUUCUGUAAAUAACGUAGAUGACGCUAUUUAUUCGACAAAAUUGUUGGCACAAACUACACUCAGAAAUGCACUGGGUAUGAAAACCCUGACAGAAAUGCUUACCGAACGUGAGGCGAUCGCUCAGUUGUGUGAGACGAUACUCGAUGAGGGAACAGAGCAUUGGGGAGUGAAGGUGGAGCGAGUGGAAGUGAAAGACAUCAGGCUACCUCAGCAGCUGACCCGCGCGAUGGCGGCAGAAGCCGAGGCUGCACGAGAGGCUCGCGCCAAAGUAGUCGCGGCCGAAGGAGAGCAGAAGGCUUCUCGAGCACUGAAAGAAGCAGCGGACGUUAUCCAAGCGAACCCGGUCGCUCUCCAACUCCGACAUUUGCAAGCGCUCAACAGCAUUGCGGCUGAGCACAACUCAACGAUUGUUUUCCCUGUGCCAGUGGAGAUGUUUGGCGCUUUCAUGAAGAAAGAUGUCUGAUAUUUUCUCAUUAUAACAUUCAGAGACCCUAUUUUCAGAAUGAUCCUCUGAAGAUUGACUAUGCGCAAUACAAUUUCGUGUACGUAUACCACUAUGUUCUGAAAAUCAUAUGAAGUGCUGUACUUCCAAAUUGAAUAUCCGGCCAUAUAAUUUUCCCCUUUUGAAUGUUUCAUGGGUGACGUUAAUACGAACAGUGAUUAGUGAGACUUAGGAAUAUAUUUCUGGCAUUGAAGAAGCUUAUGAUACAGCCUGGUGGUGCUCAAUAGAAUUCAAAUCCCUCACACAAUAGACUGUCACUCAUACUGUCUCAUUGUUACUAGGUGAUAGCUUACAAAUAUUGUAGGUACGUUUUUGCCCC